GUACUGUCUAUUCUCAAUGUACUGAAAUAAAAGCUCAGAGUGGAAUACUUUCUCAUUCCUUCUACUACUUUAGAUACAGUACGCGUCAGCAGUGUUGGACAAUCCCUGUGCCAGAAAACAGAUUCAUUAAACUAGACCAAUUCAGUUGGUCCAUGUACUCACAGAGUUGUAGUUAUGCCUACCUCAAAAUCCAUGUAAAUGAUACAAAUGAAACCUAUACAUUCUGUGGCAGUGAUUCCUAUUCGAAACUGAAUCCCAUUACUGCAUUGACUGAUGUUCAGAUUGAGUUCUAUUUUCAAGAAUAUAAUGGAAAUAGCAGGAGCCCAAGCUUCAGAUUACAAUAUGAUAUAAGAGACAUUGAAUGUGUGAAAAAAGGUAGCUUCAAAUGUUCUUCACACUCCUGCAUACCUAAAUCUAAAGUAUGUGAUGGAAUAGAGGAUUGUAAGAAUGGAAUUGAUGAAAUAGGUUGUGAUACCGGAAUCCUCAGUGUAGUGGGUGUUGACAAAGCGCGGGCUCAAGCAAUAUCCUGGCUUAAAAGUAAGCGCACCCCUUUUUGGGGUUGGCAUGAAAACACCCCUAGAGCAGUCACAGCUUUAUUUCUCUCUAAUGGAGCUUUCUUCAAUGGAUCAAAUCUCGACGAAGAACUAAUGGCUAAGCAGUCAGAAGUAAAAAUUGCUAUAAGUCUGCUUAAGAGUCCGAUUUCAUAUGAGCUUUUGAGCACAUUCAUCAAUAGCUUACUGGUAACUUGUCACAGCCCUCGCCACUUCUACGGGCAAAACUUGGUUAAACGUUUGAAGGAACAAGUAGAUUCAUCUUUAAACUUAACUCAUCCUAUAGUUUAUUUGUCUCUUUGCAAUGCUAAUGAGAGCUGGCCUCAAAGAGCGCCAAAAGACUUGCUUAAAAUUUUAAAUAGCAGUUCUGAGUACCAUUUUGUUAAAGAUAUCCAGUCUUAUGCUGUAAUGGCAGUUGCAUGCUACACUAACAAUUCGUUCAUCAUCAAUAAGAUCAAUACUACUACUUUAGUAUCACAAGUGAAAAUAACAUUGGACAAAUUCAAAAAGAGCCAACUCCCGGAUGGAAGUUUCGGAAAUGUACAGACAACUUCCUUAGUAACGCAGGCUCUAAUAUCAAGCGGACUAGGUCAUGCCAGAGAUUGGAACCUAAAUGCAACAGUAAAAUACUUAAUUAAGGAACUUAAUUCUACCGACGUUGACUUCCCGACUGUUUAUUUAACACUUCCUGUAUUCAAUGGUAAAAGUCUGACACAUAUCUUUAAAGUGAACUGUACAGGAAAUCCCCGGAAAAGGAUCACAGGUAACCUGAAAUCUGAAAUCGAUGAAUAUGUUGGACCAAAAAUAAGAGUUCAGUUUUCUCUUUUCAUCGGAGACGAGAAAGAUAUCAUCCAUACACUCUUUCUCAGAGUACCAAACAAUUAUACCGCGUACAAAGUAAUGCGGUACGCGGAAGAAGAGGAUAUCAAAUACAAGUAA